AGUUUUCCUCGCACUUUCCUGCUGUUUUUUUGUCUCUCCAAAUCCCUAAUUUUUGAAAAUCUUGGGUUUCGGAUUCCAAAUUCCCAAAUUGCAAUUCGAUCUCUCCACGAAUCCAUGGCUUUGGGGGUCGUCACUCUCAUGUCAACGCGCAGUUUCCUCAUGCUUUCGCCCUGCCUUCCUCUCUGCUUCCAUGAAUCUUCGCCGCAUGCUUCAGAAAUCUAAUGAUGAAUUUGAAGAGGCCGCAUGUAGAGCAUGAUGAUGAGGAGGAGGAGGAGAACUGCUCUCUGGUUCCGGGAUCGAAGAGGCCGAAGAUAUGGAUCAAUGCAAUGAAAGAAGUGAUGGGAGCUCAAUGUAUGCAACGGCACUUGUCGAGGAUCGAGCCUUUUCUACGGAGAGUGGUGAAAGAAGAGGUUAACAAUGCUCUCUGUCGUCAUGUCUCGUUGAUCUCCAGGAUGCCUGUUAAUCGGAUCCAGGGAACUCCAGCUCGAAGUUAUCGACUCCUUUUCCGGAGUAAAGUUGUCACACACUCUUUUCACUGCAAGCAAAAUAGAAGCUGAGGACAAAAGCCCUGUUGAGAUAGUUAUUGUGGAUACUAUUUCAAAUGAGAUCAUCGCGUCUGGUCCUUUUGUCUUCGUUGAAGAUUGACAUCCUUGUUAUUAAUGGUGAUUUUGGUGGUGAUGGACAAGAGGAAUGGACGGAGGAGGAGUUUGCUGAUGGCAUAGUGCGUGAAAGAGAAGGGAAAAGACCAUUGCUCACAGGGGACUUGGUGGUUAGCCUCAAUAAUGGGACUGGUUUUCUUGGUGAUCUAACUUUUACUGAUAACUCUAGUUGGAUUAGAAGUCGGAAGUUCAGGCUGGGUGCAAAGAGUAGGUGCUCUGAAGGAAGGGUUAAAGAAGCAAUAAGUGAAGCAUUUUUGGUAAAAGAUCACCGUGGAGAAUUGUACAAGAAGCAUCAUCCUCCAUCAUUGAACGAUGAAAUAUGGCGUCUGGAAAAGAUCAGUAAAGACGGUGCGUUUUGUAAGAGGCUUACCGACAGGGGAAUCAAAACUGUUAAAGAUUUCCUACGUUACCAGAAAAUGGAUCCAGAUGAGCUUCGGAAUUUACUCGGCGGUGGGAUGUCAAACAGGAUGUGGGAUGCUAUUGUUGAACAUGCAAGUGAGUGUCUUCAAGAUGGAAAGUAUUAUUCGUAUAGGAAUAAUGAACAUGGGAAUGGACUAAUCUUCAACUCAGUUUUUGAUGUACUCCAAGCAAUUUUUCCAUGAAACUCAUGUUCGAACAGAUCACCUCAAUGCAUCUCAGAAGAUUAUUGUGAAAGAAUUGAAACUGCGUGCGUGUAGAAGUCCCAAUGAAAUCGUUGAAUGUGAUGAACCAUUAGCUGAAAGCUUGCCUGGUCCUCCAUACCAAGACGGCUUUCUUCCUAUGUAUCAUGGUUUUCCGCAUCAAACGCCUGCAAUAUGUGAUGUUCCAUCACAAGGCAACGAUGUUCCGAUUGUGCACUAUCCUCCCAUGUCAUUCCCAUCCAAUAGCUUCAACAUAGGUGAUUUUUUUGAUGUCCCGACAGUAAGUCCAGACAACAACGGACUUUCGAUAGUUUAUAAUUCUAGAGAAUGCAUGCCCAUGGCAUCUUCAACUUCAAUAUUGCACGAUGAUAAUGGAUUCAUACAAGUAAACACUGGUGGAAGAUUGGGCUGCUUUUCCCGUCCACAUAAUGUCGGUCCCCCGAUUUAUUCUGGCAAGUGGAACAAGCAAAUGCCGAAGCUGAUGGCUGCACUCAGAUGGAUGUCCAUAGGUAAAUGCGCACCAAGUAGAAGAGCUAGAUUUCCACCCUUGAACCAUGAUAUGAACGAACUCCACUGGCUAGAUUUCCGCCCAUGAACCAUGAUAUGAAUGAACAUCGCUCGGCCUAAUGCCGGAGAACAAGAGAUCUUUGCUUUUGCUCUUUUGAAGAUUGUGUACAUAGAGAAAGCUUUUGUAUGUUGAUUGUUAAGUUUGUGGCAUUCUCUUGUGUAAUCUUUAUUCCAGCACCUUUUUCCUUCAUCCUUGGCUUUUUAUCCAAAUUUUAAUAGUCCUGGAUGAUUCAUCAAUCUAAAUUUCAGAUUCAAUCAAGCAUGAAUGCACAUGCAUGGCAUGAACAGCUGAAAGAAUCACCUAAAUAAGAAGUAAAGGCUUGAUGCAUGCCUUGACUCAAUGCAUGGAUGGAUUCCUGACUUGGCCUCUUCUUUCAAGCUAUCUUACCAACUCAUGAAGAUAUGCUCAGGCUCUAAUCAAGCUUUAUUUAAGUCUCAAUCUUGAUUAGUAAUUUCUCAUUUAUAUCCAGAACUAGUUAUUUCAUCCAUUCAUAGUCUUCAAAAUGCCAAUCACUCAUGCGGAUCUCGUUAUGAGACAACGUCGAAUCAAUGAAAACAAUGCAAAGCUUGCCCAGUUCCUCCUUGUACUCUCUGUGCUCUGUGGCCUAUUAAGCUUCGUUCUUUGCCUCGCCGGUGAAGCGGCAAGAUCUGAGGUAUCAUGGUUGAUCGUUGAUCGAGCAUGUGCUUACAAGAACAGCGGGAGGACAUCGUUGCUGUGUGGAGUCUUCGCAUUCGUGUUGUUGGCAACAGCGAUGUUUGCGGAGCAUGCUUGCAUGCUAAUUGCCGUAACAAGCCCGAAACCUCCAGCAGUGGUACCCUGGACCGCUCCAGAAGACCCUCGACCGUCACAUGCCUCCAAAAAACUCACGAUACAGGCGUGCGCGCUCAUCAUCGCCACUUGGGUUUGCUUUGCCAUUGCAGAGUUGCUUCUGAUCAUCAGCAUUGGCAUUGAGUCAGGGCAUACGAGUGACUGGCAAAAGGCGAGAUUGAGCUGCCCCGCUGUUCGCCCGGGGCUUUACGUAGCUGCUGGAGUUUUCGGCUUGCUAACUGUUCUCCUGGGAGUAGGCCUUUAUCUCACCGCUCUACGGGCACAAAAACUAAACCAAGAAGAAGCUAACAUGCCGCCUUCUAACCCACCUCACUUCAUUACUCCAACCGCUCCACCACAAACCGUGCUUGCUAACAAGGCCCCCAUCCCUGCUUGAUUUGUAUAAAACAUUGUACAUGAUAACAAAAAUUAUGACAGUUGUAUCUUCCACCAUUCUUGAAAAAUUUGGAGUUGUCAAAGCUUUAGAUGAACAAAAGAUGCUUCUUGAGAAUAAUCAGCAUGUCGACAGUGUUUCCUUACAAAUUCAUAGUGGUUAGUAAUCAAACUAUUGCAAACUUGGCACAGUGGUUAGCUCAUCGAACAAAUUGAAAACGGCGGCAACUUACAAUGACAACAAACACAUUAUUCACCAUUUUUUUUUUACUUGAAUCAGCAG